AACACCGCCGCCGCACUCCGCCUUUCACUCCGAGUCCCGAUCACGUACUUUAGUUUCCGAUCGUCACAGACCCGCACAACGAUGACACGACGUGUUUUUUUAUAACAAUUUUCCGUGCCAAAGUGGGAAUUUCUCUGCACGCUCUACGUGUAUAAUGAACGAACACAUCAGUCUUAUGUGUCCUUGACCUGUAUGUGCAAAAAAAGUGCCAUAGAUAUGUUCCUAUUUACUGCUUGAUAACAAGGCGGAAAAAAAUUAACAAUGACUGACAAAAGUAAGAAAUUAUCACGUUGGUACUUUGGAGGUGUUUCUUCUGCAGCUGCUGCAUGCGUGACUCAUCCCUUAGAUCUGUUGAAGGUUCAUCUGCAAACUCAACAGGAAGGCAAAUUGUCAAUAGUACGUUCGACCGUUGGAAUAAUUAAGAAACAGGGAAUACUUGCUUUGUACAACGGACUCAGUGCUUCUCUGCUUCGUCAGCUUACAUAUUCGACAAUAAGAUUCGGAGCGUACGAGGUUGGCAAACAAACGUUUGAAACGCCCGAUCGUCCGUUACCAUUUUAUCAGAAGUUACUGCUAGCUGGAGUGUCCGGUGCUACUGGCGGAGUUUUCGGAACCCCCGGUGAUGUGAUCAAUGUACGCAUGCAGAAUGACAUCAAAUUACCACCAGAGCUGAGAAGAAACUACAAAAAUGCUUUGGACGGGCUCCUGCGUGUAGGUAAAGAGGAAGGAGUACGUCGCUUGUUCAGCGGAUGUUCCACCGCAACCAUGCGAGCGGUACUGAUGACCAUUGGCCAGUUGAGUUUUUACGAUCAAAUUAAAACGACGCUGUUGCAGACGGGCUAUUUUCGGGAUAGUCCUUCGACACACAUUUUAUCUAGUGUGUCAGCUGGUGCUAUCGCAACAACACUCACACAACCUCUAGAUGUCUUGAAAACACGAGCGAUGAACGCUAAGCCCGGAGAAUUUAAGAAUCUAUUAGAAAUUUUCCUGUAUACUGCCAAGCUUGGACCGCUGGCUUUCUUCAAAGGCUACGUACCUGCAUUUAUCCGGUUAGCGCCACAAACCAUCCUCACAUUUGUAUUCCUCGAACAACUUAGAUAUAAUUUCGGAUUCUAUCCGCAACCCGCAAAAUCCUCUUUAUAAAUCAACGAACAAGAUGCACGGAAUUGUUAUGGAAUCAGAGAACUGCUGCUGGAUCCGUUCUGUAACUUCGUUCGUAACGUUAUACAUUUGAGGCAUAACGCGCGCGUUGUGAAUCUUCGCUCAGACAAAACGCAUACCUGGGAACAGUUCUUUAGUACAUGGACAAUAUAAAUUUUGUUUAUUUGGUAAUGUAUAAAUUAUAUAAGAUAUAGGAGAUCGUCUCAGUAUAUAAUUAUAUC